AUGGCAACCGAGAGCGAGGAAGACGCGAACAUCGCUCUCGCAGCGGCACGAAGAGCGGACGUCGUCGAAGGAAAGUUGAUGGAGCUCAAGGUCCCUCACAGAUUUGGCAUCGAACGCCUCCAGGCUGCGAAAGCCAAACAAGCGGUUGGAUUAUUGAUAAGCCAGGGCCGCGAAAAUGUUUCCACUGCAUGGUUCGCCUGGUUUGUGGACUUUGAGAUUUGGGACUAUAUCCAUGAGAAGUUCGCUAAAUACCGUGACCACGAGACAUUCCCGUGGAUUGACCUCGAACCAGCCGUGAAGCCUAAGACCCCCGAAGACGCCUCCGCCUGGUGCAACGGCUUGAAGGACGCCAUCAAGCAACGGUACCACCUCCCCGCCUUGGAGCGCAAGAGACUGGGUCUUUCCCUGAUGAAGCCGGAGCCUACCCUUUUACGUGACACCGACGAAGCAGCUGCGGCUUUGCGUCAAGAAAUCUGGAACAACGUCUUCCCUGGAAGAAAGCACCCCCACGGCAAGGCGUUCGAAGUCAUCAUCCCUUCUGCCGUCAAGAUGUCCUCGGACUUAAACUGGGACAUAUUACAACAUGAAAAUCGUUUGCCAGAUGCAGUCUGCUUCUUCACGGUCGGACGAGUCCACCGCCGUGGUCAUUUUGCUGUGGCGCUUGUUCUCGGAUACAAUCCCGGUGUCAUCGACAACGAAGCGAAUAGAUUGAUUCUGACCAAGGCCUACGAUGUCGUCUUGAAGUGGGCACAGACGAUCGUCAUCACCGGCAGAAGCAUGAAGCUUACUAGAGCUUUCAAGGGUUUCGACCUGCCGGAGCCUGAGCUUGGUGGUGAUGGAGAGGAUACACGCAUGGGAGGAAUGGAAGAAGAGACGGAGCUCACGCAGGAGCAGCUCGAGCUUUGCGCCGGGGAGUUUGACGUGGUGCCGUUGAAUUCUGUCGCAGAUUACGCUGUCUUCCGGGUGAGUGAAUGGCUUCACCAGGAGGUGGGCCGCACUCCUGCAGAGGAUCGUUGCCGAUUGCUCCGGGAUUGGUGCCAGCUUGAGGAUGGCAAGUUCCACCAGAACCUCGAGGGGAUGACUCGAGAGGACCUGCAGAAGGCUUGUCGGGAAGCUUGGAUGGGCAAAACUCAUAAUUGGAAGGAAACCUUGGACCUUACGAUGUGGUCGUGGACCGAAGAGGUGUACUGGGCGAAGAAGAUCAUGGAAUCUUUCGACUCUUGA